AUGUCUGGAAAAUUUUGGAAUUUUAUCCCUAGUAAUAAAUUAAAAAAUAAAUUUAUCGAGCACGCCGGGGAUGACAGAUACGGAAGUGGUAGAAAGGGAAUAUAUUAUUUCAAUCAUCACCAGUCGGAAGAGUCAUGUAUAAUUUUUGACGAUUAUUGUCUUAAAUCGAAUUUUUCAUCGUCGGAUGAAAAUCAUGAAACUCAAACUUCUGAUGAUUCUUUAUCAUCAUCAGAAGAUGAUGAAUUCUAUCGAAAUUUUAGUGAAUGGAUAUUUAUGCGUUAA